AGUUGUUGUUUCUUUUGAGGAUGCCAGUGAAUCUAGCUCAUUUGCUUAACAGUGCUCCUGCUUCACCACCUCGUUCUAAUCCUCGUAGAUCGAUCGAAAACAAUGGUCCAUUACCAUCUCGACUAAGAGAACUUUUGUCUCCUACUGCUAUUCGUCAAUCAAUCGAUCAAAAUACUACAAUCACUUCAGAUCAACAAUCAGAUCAACAAUCAAAUCAACAAUCAAAUCAAGAACAAGAUAACCAUCCAAAUCAAUCUGAAGGAUCCAAUCAACAACAUGAGCCAGUUCAUCAAGAAACACCCCUCAAUGCAAUCCAACCUAAUCUAUUCACGUCCUCAGCAUCACGUGAACCACUCUACCCACCCGAAAACCGUAAACCCAUGCAAGCCGUUACAUUCCAACUUCCUCCUCCUGUUUACAAUGGUGUUUUUCAAUCUGGAAAACAAAUCAAAGAUCCAAUCUAUCAAAAACCAAUCGCUAUGAGUUCUUUCUCUUACACCAAAGGUCGUCAGAUGUUAAAUGGACUCAGAAGGUUUGAAAGUCUUAGACCUUUUGUUGAUGCACCUGAUUGUAUUGGAUUCGAUUUAAGAACGGGGAUUGAUGAGCGGAUAUAUCGAGACGAAUCGGUGGAUGAAGGAUUAGAUGGGAUGCUGCUCUGUCUAUCUCACCAGCUAGAGAGUUGUGAAAAGACAGCACGAUUAGGUCUUUUACGAAGGAUAGCCGAAACAGAGUUUAUCACCUGGAGAGGAAUGUUAACAAAGAUCUGCAGUGCAGUUUAUGAAGGAUCAUCUUCACAUAACUCAGGUUGGGAAAUGAAUGCGAUGAUGGUGAAUGGAACGAUUUACAUAGAAGAAAGUGUGACGCCUGAAUCGAUCGCAGCCAAACAAACCGAAAGUCAAAACAUCAUUCCAACAUACUUUGGACAUAGUUAUGAAAGUUUGAUGACCAGUGCUAUAGGAGGAUUUGAUCAAGUUGACACUAAUAUCCAAUGGUGUAGUGUCGUAAAAACUAAUUUAAAUCAAAUUAAAUUGAUCUUGGGUGGCGAAGUGGAUUGUAUUAAACCAGAAGGAUUUCAUCAACUUCAAACUCAUUUGGAAAACAAAACUGAAAUCCAACCUGAUGAGUUUAUUGAAAUUAAAACAUCGGCUUUGAUUACUAAUGAUCGGGAAAUUUUACUAGGCACUCCUCUCAUCAACAUAGGAUUCCGAGACAAAUCAGGAUUCAUACGAAAAUCCGAAUCCUUAGUAACCAAAGAAAUCCCAGCCUUGGUGAAAUCAGAAGCCGAUCCAUCCUCACGUUGGUCAGCUUCGUUAUGUUUAGAUACAGGUGCAAAGAUCUUAAAGUUUAUAAAAGAAACGAUUGAUCCUAAACGACAUGAUCAAUUAGCAAGACACGAAUCUGAAUUUAAAAAGUAUUGUGCAAUCGAAACUCAAAAGAAGAUGAAGUUUGAAAAAUUUGAAUUUAAUCAUAACAGAUGGAAACAUUGGCCGGUUUUCAGAAUAAAGUUUCAUACACCUCCUAAUUCAGGAGAGAAAGGAAUGAAGAUGAGAGGAUCGAUUGAGAUUCAAGAAUUAGAUUAUGAAACUCAAGUGAUUGGAAUCGUUCAGAAACUUAAACCUAAAGGAUCUAGAGUUGGGUUCUUGAGUUUGGUUUGGUUUGAACAUCUCGUUAAACAGGAAAUGGCUAUUAUGAAUAAUGAAAUCAAAAGAGAAAGAAAAGAAAAAGUUAAUCAAACGUCAUAAUCAAAUCUUAUAUUAGUACUCUUUAAGCGAAGCAAAAUAUCAAGUUUUAAAAAUGGUUUUUGGAAGGAAAUCUAUGGUUUGCAUUUGGGGUUUUGGUUGAUGAUGGAAUGUGAUGGAAAGAUUUAUGAAAACAAAAACAAAAUUCGUGUGAACAAAACCUUUUAUCUUUUGUUGUUGUUAACUUUACCAUUUUCAUUUGUAAAUCAAAACCAAGAAAAAAAAACUUUCAUUAGUAUUAUUAUUUUAUGAUUACACAGUGUGUGUGUGGGUUUAAAGACUUAGAAGGGGUAAAAAGGAUUGUAUGGAUGUAUAAAGUUGUAUGAUCUUUAUUAUCAUCACUGAUAUAAGGAUUAAAGAAAUGUGUAGGUAUAUAUGUAUAUACAUGAUUUUUUAAGGUGAAUAUUUACAAAUCGCAAUGUGUAAUCGAAGGUUUUACUUUUUGAUCAAUUUGAGGGAUGGUGAAGUUUGAUUGAUCG